CUAAAAAAGAACGGGGGGGAAAAAACGCAGAAAAUAGUCGAAAAUGUGUACACAAAAAGUCUAACUAACUAAAGUUUUCAUGAGUGAUACGGUCCAAGAGUUUAGUGCGAGAAGAUCGAGCGGCCAGUGAGAGGCCAGGUUUAGUCGCAUUUAUCCCGGAAUGGGUCGCGCUUCGUAGAUUUUCCUGCAUCUGCUGGCGGAGAUUCGACUUCCCCUCCGCUGUAAAAGUUUUAGCUAAUCGCAGGCAGCAGUGCCCAACACGCAGACCGUUGGAAGAGUGCCAAGGAGCCAUCAUGACGCUGGAGACGCAGCCCGUUGGCGGGGUGAGCGACGGCAAGAUCGCUGGGCUCUAUGAUCUGGAGGAGACCCUGGGAUCCGGGCACUUUGCCGUGGUCAAGUUGGCCCGGCACGUGUUCACCGGCGCCAAGGUGGCGGUCAAGGUGGUGGACAAGACCAAGCUGGACGAGGUGUCCAAGGCGCACCUGUUCCAGGAAGUGAGAUGCAUGAAGCUGGUGCAGCACCCCAAUGUCGUGCGACUGUACGAGGUUAUUGACACCCAGACCAAGCUGUACUUGGUUCUGGAGCUUGGCGACGGCGGUGAUCUGUACGAUUACAUAAUGAAGCACGAAUCCGGCCUCAGCGAGGAGCUGGCCCGCAAAUACUUCCGCCAAAUCCUACGUGCUAUCACGUACUGUCAUCAGCUGCACGUGGUGCACAGAGACCUUAAGCCGGAGAAUGUGGUGUUUUUCGAAAAGCUGGGCCUGGUCAAGCUCACCGACUUUGGGUUCAGCAACAAGUUCUUGCCGGGCCAAAAGCUGGAGACCUUCUGCGGCAGCUUGGCCUACUCGGCCCCGGAGAUUCUACUGGGUGAUUCAUACGAUGCGCCGGCAGUGGACAUUUGGUCCCUGGGAGUCAUCCUGUACAUGCUGGUUUGCGGUCAGGCGCCUUUCGAAAAGGCCAACGACUCGGAAACCCUCACCAUGAUCAUGGACUGCAAGUAUACGGUGCCCUCGCACGUGUCCACUGAUUGCCGGAAUCUAAUUGCCUCGAUGCUGGUGCGGGAUCCCAAGAAACGGGCCACCGUCGAGGAGAUUGCCUCCUCCGCCUGGCUUAAGCCAAUUGACGAGCCCGACUCCACGACGUCCGCAACGGAGCAUAUGCUGCCUUUGGUCAGCCGCGAGCAGCUGGGCGAAGAGGAUCACGCUUUUAUCAUACAGAAAAUGAUAAAUGGAAACAUUGCGUCCAAGGAAGAGAUAUUGCAGGCUCUCGACAAGAACAAGUACAAUCACAUUACAGCCACAUACUUUUUGCUGGCUGAAUUACGUCUGCGACGGCGGCGUGAAGAGCAGGCCCAAAAGCAAAGGCUUCUCAAUGAUCCCAGCAUCAAAGUGGGUGAUGCGAGUCGCAAGCCCGUGCCUGAAAAACCAAGUCCCACAGAAGCACCGAAAGGAGGAGCACCCAUCAGCAUUAACGUGACUCCAGCAGCUCAGUUUGCCAACGACGGCGGCAAGCCAGACAAACGCAGUCGCAAGUGCAGCAUUGUGCGGGAGGAGGACGAGGAGGAGUCUGCCACAGAGUGCUCAGGCAUAGGAAAUGAGUUGACUGUACAGACGUCGCGGCGCGAGACCACCUCAGAUGGUCUACACAAUAGGUCAGUACACGAGCGUUCCAGCUCUGAGCCCGGGGUGCCAAGCCAUUCACGCACAAAGAUUGUUGUCUCCGUGGAUGCGACGCUGGCCCAGAAGCUGAAGCAGAUGGAGAAAAGUGCCAAGAUAGACGAGGACACGCUGAGUGGCCUGAAGGAGCUGGAGAUUGGCAAACUGAAGCCGCUACCCAGCAGCAGCAAGAAUCCGGUGCUCACACACCGACGCACAAAGCUGAACAAGAUUCGGACGCCUUCGUGCAGCAGCUCGGAGGCAUCCGACGACGACACCAAGACGCGCAACAAGAAAAAAAUCAACAAGUUCGUGGGCGACACGCCCGUGCGGUUUCGCAUGCACCGGCGGGACUCGCACGACGACUCGAGCGACUCGCAGGAUCAGCUUUAUCCGCCGCCUGGAUCGGCCAGCGGUGCGGCCAAUUUUAUCUCGAAAAGCGGCUCCGUAAGUGGUAAAAAAGAAGGACAAUCGCAGUACAAGGAGCCGAAUAAAUCCGAUGAAAAUCGCAAAUCUCACACACAAAAGAGCCGGAAGCAGCACAAGGACCAUGUUGACAAACAUUCCCACGCUGAGAAGCAGCAGGCAGAGAGCACCACAGCUACAACAGGAAACACUACGAACAGGAGGCGACGCAUGCGCGAGAGUCAGUCGCUGGAUCGCAUCACAGAGGCUCAGGAGUACGAGAUGCGGCAUCGCUGCUACGCGGAGAGCGAGGCGCCCUCCUCGUCGUCCUCGUCCACCCAACAUAUCGAUCAGAGGUAUUCAGUGCUCAACCUGAAUACCAGCACAUUCUCCGUUGCCGAAACCAAGGAAGAGUACGACGAGGAGGCAGACGCCGCAGAUGCCACGGACCAAAUCAUGAACACCUUGAAUGCAGCCAAAGCUACGCUUCAGCAAGAGCAAUAUUUUAAUAACAAUACCAAUCUUAGUAGGAACUUCAAUCACCACAACAACCACAACCAUAACAAUAACAAUCACACCCAGAGCAUCAUCCACAUCAGCAGCCAGAAAGCCAACAGCAAGAAGUCCAACGAAACACCAAAAGAUAUUUAUAAUCUAAACUCAAUCGAGCAGAUCGACUUGAUUUUGGAGGAUAAAAGCCUUACCAAAGCAAUACACGUUACCGGCUCUAAAUGCUUUGUCACCAUGAAGAAAAUCCGACGGCUGGGAAAGUACUUUCCCAUGAUGAAUUUUUCUUAAUAGACACAGUUACUUCAUUGCAAAGUGCAUUCUAAAUAUUUAAAAAAAAAAACUCGGUUAAGCGAACUACGUAGAAAAUAUGCAUGUAUUAAUUAAAACGUAUAAACGUCAACGUUAUCCCCCGUAUAUAGGAAAGCGCGCGAGAAUAUUUAAAUUUAAAUUUAGUGGUAGCGUAAUUGUUUUGUCUGUCGUCGUCAUUACGCUUAAAUUAUUCUAAAUAUAUUAAUUUAUGUAUAACUAUAAGUCUAAUCACUCAAUGCAAUAUUUAGUGAAAAUACAUUAAUGC